AUGAGAAAGACUGAAACCAUGGUUCAGCUGUCACCAUCUCGGACAUUAGAGACGUUGACUCCCUCAGAGCUCACUGUGGAGAAGGAUGAUGGCCAGGGCAGCCCAAAACCUGAAUCUCCUCGAAUGCUCUCCGCCCUCCAGCUCGCCCUGAGCUCUACAACUGUCUACUGUGGCUAUGAGAAGUACAUCGAGGACGGCCUCAUCUGCCUCAAGCACAAGAUCCGCAACAUUGAGAAAAAGAAGCUCAAACUGGAAAGAUACAGUGAGAAGCUGAAGAAGGGGGAAAAGCUGAAUGAAGACCAACUGGAAGCUGUGGGCAAGUACGAUGAGGUGGUCCACAAUCUAAAAUUUGCCAAAGAGCUCCAGAAGACCAUUGGCUCCCUCACUCAAGAUUUGCUGAAGGCUCAGCGUAAAGCCGUUCGCCAAGAGAAGCAAAUAAAGACUGACGAGGAGAAGAGCCGUCUGAGUCUGAUGCUCCAGGUGCAGUACGUCCUCCAUAGUCUGCAGAGAGAGGAUGUCCGGAAGAACUUCUGCAACACCAGACAAUACUCCUGCUACAUGUCCGCUCAAGACAUGGAGGGUUUGCUGGAUUUGGCGUCACUGGUGGGAUGCAAAAGAGAUAAUAGCAUUAGUUUGGAGGAUCAGAUGCAACGGGCUGCUAUUGUUUACUGGGAGCUGCUGGAAGGGAAUGAAAGACCGGUUGCUGGCUCGACAUACAAGCACAUGAAGGAGAAGCUUCUUCGACUAGUGGAUUCUGGCUUUUUCGAUCACAUCCCGCUUCCUAAAUCUGACAGUCAAGAGAAGACCGAAAGCAUAAAGUCGGAUCCUCAAUCCAGACCCUGUGGCCUCACCACGUUGGUGAAGCUAGGCUCAAAUGAAGUGCCUUCCAAAGAGUUUCUUAACAGACGAUACAUGCCUGAAACUGAUGAGCGCAGACGAGGUGAAAACGCAUCGCCUCGCAGCUGGAAGGAGGACUUUUUGGCCAUGAAGGAGAGGGAGCCGCCAGACUCCUGGGAAAUGGAGGAGCUUACUGAUCCUCCUGUGUCCUCUCAGUCCCCUAUACAGAAGCCAUGGAAAGGAGCAGCGGGUUUGAUUCCUAAAACUGUAGAUGUUGUGAAGAGAUCGACGACUGACCCUAAAGAGAAACGUCAAAGAAAGAACAAGGCCGAGCAGGACUCGAAAUCGAUGCCCGUUGCAGUGGAAGUCUUCAGUUCUCCAUCUCCGUUACCGAAAGACCCCGUUCAGCGCCGACAGCAGCUGGAGACCCUGAUGGACCAGAUCUCUGGCUCCUUCAGCUUCAUGCAGGAGUCCCUUCUGGAUGGAGAAUCAUCACCUGUGAACACUGACAAAAGAUGCCGUCCGUCUCCAGGCUCCUCUACUCCAAUCGUACAGCGAGAACUUCCCAAAAGCCCUUCAGAUAUUCUGCCUGCAUCCCAGCGGAGCACUCCUCUACGGAUCCUGCUGUCUGGAGAGGGUAAAGGCUGUCUGUCCAAUGGCGAUCGCUCUAUAAAUGGCUCUGACCUGGAGCUGCACUCUGAAGAUAAGCCACGGAAGCAGGCUGAGGGCUUCAGCUCUCCUCCACUGUACCGCAGAGGAUCCUCCAUCUCUGUUCCUUUAGAAAACCAGAGCACUGUACAGGCUGGAAAGCAGAUGUUAUGCAAUGGAGUUUCAAGCUCUGGUUCUGCACAGACAUUUUCAACUCCACCCAGUCGCAGAUCCAUCAGCGCAGAAAACCCCUUCCACAACAUUCACUCUGUGUUUAAUGUGAUCGGCGAGAGCUCAGGGAUGAAGGCAGAUGAGAGUGGUUUCUCCGAGUCCAUACAUCGCAGUUUCGCAUCAGCCAAAACCUCCAGUGUAACCACUGCCAGCACUCAGACUCCACCUGAACUCAACCCACCUGAGGAAGAACUGCAGAUCGAAGGCCAGUAUCCUCUGGAGUGUGCGGUCAGUGCUGGUGGUCCAGUGUUCUCCAGCUCCCAUUCUCGUGUGGGUCAGUCCUGUUACCCUCGCGGGGCAGUCAGAGGUGGUUAUGAGGCUUAUAGAGUGAAUGUACGUUCUCCAGGAGGAGGCUUCAUGGCCCAGACACACAGAGAGCCUGCUUCUGCACUUUACAUGGCCAAAGAAAACGGCUAUCAGCAGAGCUUCAAGAGAGGAGCAGGCACAGCAACUCAGAGGAGCAGCGCCGGCUGGAGUGACUCUUCUCAGGUGAGCAGUCCAGAUCGAGAUGGGCUGUAUCCUCUGGACUCGGGACUCAGUGACACCCUGUCUAUCCCGCCGAUGGAGGUUCCCAUGAAUCCACAAGGCCCGCACACCCUGAUGCCUGUCCAUGUGUACCCACUCACCCAGCUCCGUGUGGCAUUCUCCGCCGCCCGCACCGCCAACUUUGCCCCGGGCACCUUAGACCAGCCCAUCGCCUUUGACCUGCUCCACACCAACCUGGGUGACAUGUUCGACACUGGCUCUGGUCGCUUCACCUGCCCAGCCACCGGUGCCUACGUCUUCAUCUUCCACAUCCUCAAGCUGGCCAUCAGCGUGCCGCUCUACAUCAACCUCAUGCGCAACGAAGAGGUGAUGGUGUCCGCGUAUGCCAACGACGGUGCCCCGGAUCACGAAACGGCCAGUAAUCAUGCUGUCCUGCAGCUGUUUCAAGGCGAUCAGGUGUGGCUCAGGCUGCACCGUGGCGCCAUUUAUGGCAGCAGCUGGAAGUACAGCACCUUCUCUGGAUUCCUGCUGUACCAGGAUUGAAGCUCCUAAAAUAGGCACAACAAGAGAGGAUGAGGCAUUUUGGGAUGCUUUUUGGGAGUUAUUCUGCACUUUUGGUUACGCAUGGUGCAAAUGCAUGUUUAAAAGAUCACGUUCAAUAGUGGAAGUCGGUGUUUGACGCAUAUAUAUGCUGGUUAAAGUUUACAUUGGGUUUAAUUAUUAUUAUUAUUAUUGUUGUUGUUAUAUUUUGUUCUUUUUAGGUUUCUUUUUUCCCUAUAGUUUGAGUUUGCACACACAACCCAGUCUAGCCUAUUUAGUGUGCGCUAAACUGAAAUGCUAACAUUAAGAAGCAUCUUCAAGUGUUCGUUAAUUGACCCCAUCCGCUCAUUUUUAGAUGAGAAUCGGGUUUCCAGCCAUAUAAAGUUCUAUAUAA